UGGCCUCCCAAAGUACUGGGUUUACAGGAGUGAGCCUCUGCGCCCGGCCAAUAUAUGGAUGUCAUCCUUGGAAGAGUUUACACCUGCCUGUUGGCCAAAGAGUACGGCUCUAUUUACACCCUGUACUUUGAAUCCUGGCCCACCAUGGUCUUCCAUGAAUAUAAAGCAGUGAAGGAAGCUCUUAUUAAUCGGGAUGUUAAAUUCCUUGGCAGAGGACAUAUUCCAAUGAUUGAUGAUGCCCAGAAAAGAUAUGGUUGGAGAAGUUUAGAGGAAAAUGAACUCUAUAUAAAUCUGACAGGAGGGAAGCCCAGAUCUUGAAAUCCUGAAGUAAGAUGAUUCAGUUCUGAAUGUGGGGGCUGCUGUUUUCUCACAUCGGCUCAGCUCUUUGACUCCACAUAUAUCCUUGCCUCUGCUCCCUGCAACUUACCUGCUCCACCCUCUUCAAGGAGUGUUUCCAGUAUGAGAAUGAGACAUUCCUCUCCCUGAUGAGUUUGUUACACGAAAAUUUUAAGGCCAACUCUGUGCAUACUUCUUAUGAA